AUGGGAACUUGUGGUGCUACACUGGCCAACACAAUCUCUGGGAAGUGGGAACCUCACAGGGGCCACAAAAGUUAUGUCCCGAAUAUGAUCAGUGGGGCAUCUCAAGCUGAUAUAGGUGUACUGGUAAUAUCUGCCCGAAAAGGGGAAUUUGAAACUGGAUAUGAGAGAGGUGGACAGACACGCGAACAUGUUCAACUUGCAAAGACUUUGGGUGUCUCUAAGCUGCUUGUUGUUGUAAAUAAAAUGGAUGAUCAUACUGUGAACUGGUCAAAACAGAGGUAUGAUGAAAUUGAGUCAAAAAUGAUACCAUUCUUGAAGUCUUCAGGUUACAAUGUCAAGAAAGAUGUUCAGUUUCUUCCAAUAUCGGGGCUUGUUGGUUUAAAUAUGAAUAGAAGAGUGGACAAAAGUGUGUGUUCGUGGUGGAAUGGUCCAUGUCUUUUUGAAGCUCUUGAUGCCGUAGAAGUUCUGCAACGUGAUCCUAAAGGUCCAUUCAGAAAAAAAGACAUGAUUAAAGAGUGGGCGAAGGGACAAAGGGUUUGGUUGGUUGCUGACAAUGUGUAUGGACUAGUGGGAGAAUUUUUUGGAGGAGCUGAAGGUGGUGAAGCAACAAUAGGGGGAAAUGGGAAUAUUGGGUCAGCCAUGAUGUUGCAUUAUAAGGAGAUUGAGGAAAUUUUGGACAGAGGAGUGAGAAUUUGUUCUUUGGGCAAUUUCAAUAUUACUAAGUAUUUGGGGUAUUUGAUGGUUGAUUCAUAUAUGCAAUUAUCUUGUGAGGUUCAUAAAAGAGUUCAAUUUUGA